UCGUGUAAAAACAAUUUUUGACAGUUCUAGUGGUUCCAAAACAAGAAAAAUGUCUACAUUUACAUUCGGUACUCUUUGUGAAUAUUUUGAAAAUAUUUUCAAAUUGAAGGAAAAAAAUAAAAAAAUUCAAGAAUUACAGAAAUUGCUGGAAAAUUAUCGAAAUUUGAAUGAUUCUUUGUAUUCAUUGUUAAGACUAUUAUUGCCUAAAUUGGAGAGAGAACGUGGUCCACAUGGUCUGAAACAAAAAUCUUUAAGAGUAUUAUAUACUCGUAUUUUUUGUUUAGGCAAAAAUGAUUUAACAUCACGGAGUCAGGCAAACAGCAGGACUGAUCAAAGUGGUGAAGAUUUUGCUGACCGCAUAUAUUAUCUCAUUCGAAGUCAGCUUCAAAGUGACAAAAGUUCACUUAAAAUAGAAGAAAUUAACACAUUUCUUGAUGAUAUUUCUUCUAAGAAUUCAUCUAAUGAAAGAAAAGAUUCAACAUUUUUAACAAUAGCCAAAAAACUGAGUGCAGUUGAAUUUAAAUGGUUGACAAGAAUUAUAUUAAAAGACUUGAGAUUGGGUAUUGGUCAAAAUAAUAUAUUGAAAGCUAUUCAUCCAGAAGCGGAGGAAUUAUUUAAUUUGACAUCCAAUCUUCGAGAGAUUUGUAAUAAAUUACAAAAUGUUAAUAGCGAAAAACCUGGAAUAAAAAUCUUCUAUCACAUUAAGCCAAUGCUUUUAGAACGCUGUAGAAUUGAAGAAGUUGGAAAAUUAUUUCAAGAUCAAUCAAUGAAAUACGUUUUACAAGUAAAAUACGAUGGUGAACGAUCUCAAAUUCACAUGAAAGAUGGAAGAUUUAAAUAUUUUACAAGAAAUAGUUAUGAUAUAACAAAAAAUACAUUAUAUGGAGAGAGCAUUAAUUCUGAUGGAUUUUUAACAAAAAAUAUUAGUCGACUUAUUAGAAACGACUGUAAGUCGUUAAUAUUGGAUGGAGAAAUAAUGGGAUGGCAUAAAACGAAAAAAGUAUUUGGCUCAAAGGGCAUGCAAUUUGAUGUGAAAAAAUUAACUACCAAUAGUGCUUUGCAACCUUGUUUUGUAGCAUAUGAUUUAAUUAUGUACAAUGACGAAUUACUUCUCAAUAUUCCUUAUAAUAGGAGAUUAGAGAAAUUAGAAAAUUUAUUCCAAGAUGAAGAAGGAAUCAUGAUCAAAGCAAAGUCUAUAGUGGUGUGUAAAAGUGAACAAGUUGUGGAUUUCUUCAAUGAAAGUCUAGAUAGAAAAGACGAAGGAAUUGUAUUAAAAAAAUAUAAUUCAUUAUAUAAACCAAAUUGUCGAGAUGGAAGCGGUUGCUAUAAAAUUAAAGCAGAGUUUUCAGACGACUUGAUACAAGACACAGAUUUAAUUAUUUUGGGUGGUUACUAUGGUAAUGGAAGAGAUGCAGGAAAAUUGAGAAGUUUUUUAAUGGGAGUUCAAUUUACUCACAAUCAAUCUACAAAAUUUCAAUCAGUUGUUUCGGUCAGUUCGGGUUUAAGUAAUGAGCAAUUGAAAGAGUUACAGCGAAAAUUUCAAUUGAAGGGUCAGACAAAUUGUCCGGAUUCUAUUGUUGGGCCAAAAAAUAAUCUCCCAGAUUUGUGGAUAAAACCAGAAGACUCAGUAAUUUUACAAGUUCGCGCUUCAGAAAUUAUUCGAUCGAGUUUUUAUCCAAUAGGAUAUACUUUGAGAUUUCCGCGAGUCGAAUCUGUUAGACAUGAUAAGCCAUGGCAUGAUGCAUGUUCUUCUACAGAAUUUUUAUCUUUUGUUAAGGACACAGGUAUUGUACAAAAAUUAACAAAACGACAUGCAACAAUUUUAGAUACUGAAAAUAUUAAGCCUAAAAAAAUUCCAAAAUCUUCAAAAUCAAAAUCAUUUUCAUCGAAAAGGAUUGAUGAACGAUUUCUAGGCGUUCGUUCAAGGGAUGUAGUACGCAUUUCUCGUUGUCUGAAAGGAAAAGAAAUUUGUGUUUUGAACGGAAAUGAGGAAUUAUCAAAAAGUGACAUAGAAAAACUCUUAAUAUCUCAUGCAGCCAAUAUUGUUCAAAAUCCAGGAACAAAAACGUAUUGUGUAAUUGUAGGCAAUGCGGAAAAGGUUAAAGUAAAAAAUGCAAUGUCAGAUAAAGAACAAGAUUUCGUUGGAAUAAAUUGGUUGAAAAGAAUCACGGAUAUAAAAAAUUGGCCGCAAAAAUACGAUUUUUAUCCAUGGGAACUACUUUCUUCUCGAUCAUCCACAACUAAUAGACUUUUAAAAGAUUUUGAUAAAUUUCAGGAUAGUUAUACCGAUGACGUUGACGAAUUUAGUUUGUCCCGAACUUUGGACAAGAUAAACAUAAGGGAUAAGGAGUUCUCGACUGAAAAUUUUAAAGACAUUGAACAAGAAUUGUUUUCAGGUCCAUCGCCUUUUUCAUUGUUUAGAGGUUUCUUUGGUUAUUUUCAUAAUCCUGAGGACAAACAGAAAUAUUCAUUUAGAUUCUUGUCAGGAACUGUCCAUGUAAAUAUAGAUGAACAUGUCACUCAUAUUUUUUUAGAAGAAAAUAAUCCAAAUAUUGUUCAACAAUAUUUUCAACAAUUUCCUCGCAUUACUAUUAUUAAUAGUAAAUACAUUGAAGAUUGUUUCAAAACGAGGACAUUAUUGGCCAGUGAGGAUUAUACUGUACAAAAUAAAGUUUAAUAAGACUUAAAAAUUUGUCUUCAUAGAAUUAUGAAAAAUCCAAAGAAACACUAUUGCCCGAAAAUUGAAAGCUCAUCCCCUUUUUUGAUAAAUGAAAAACUAGAAAAAUAUAAAAAAAUAACUCAUUUCUUAAAAUAAAAUUCUGAGAAGAAUGAAACUUAUAGAAAAUAGGUUUAUUAAUUUUUCAAUUAAUUUGUAAAAUUGAUUAAAAAAAAAAUUGAUUAAAUUAAUUAAUGUAAAAUGUUGAAUUUUCAAAAUGAUUUUUAAAUUGUUUUGAUUUUUCAAUAAUAACUAUGGAAUACUUAUUCUAAAAUAUUUAAUAUAUAUUUAUGAACUAUAAUAAUAUUUUAUUAUAAGCAUUUUUUUUUUAAUUUUUAUUUAAGUUUGAACAAAAUUUUUGUUUACUAACUUGAGCAUGAAUAGAGGGGCACUUAUCAAAUUCUUCUGAUAAAUCUACUGUUAAUUGUUUUGUUACUUAAUCUCAAUAUAGUAAUAUUAAUUAUUAUAUAA